AUGGAUUUCGAGGCUAACGAGGACAUCAACGGCGUGCGUUUCUCGUGGAACGUGUUUCCCGCGAGCAGAGCGGACGCCAACAAAAAUGUGGUCCCUGUUGGGUGUCUAUACACACCACUCAAGGAAAAAGAGGAUCUGGAGGUCAUGUCGUACAAUCCGGUGGUGUGUGGUGGACCGCAGUGUAAAGCUGUGCUGAACCCAUACUGCGAAAUUGAUCUGCGGUCCAAUGCAUGGACUUGUCCAAUUUGCAACUCCAGAAACCACCUGCCCGCGCAUUACGCCAACAUGAGCCAGGAAAACAUGCCAGCUGAGCUCAGCAACACCACAAUUGAGUAUGUGACCAACAGACCGGUCCAGGUUCCCCCAGUGUACUUCUUCGUGGUCGACAUAACCGCGGAGGAGGAGAAUUUGCAAGCUUUGAAAGAAUCGAUCAUCGCCUCGCUAUCCCUGCUCCCACCCAACGCCAUGGUCGGUUUGAUCACUUACGGUAACGUGGUCCAACUCCACGACAUAUCCUGCGACACUAUCGACAAGUGCAAUGUAUUUAGAGGUGACCGCGAGUACCAGCUCUUGCAGAUUGUCGAGAUGCUCACGGGUGAGAAAUCGGGCGCCCCCGGCGUCGCUGGUGGCCCCACCGCUGCCGCUAACCUACAACUGAACAAGAUCACUCCAUUUUCGUUGAACCGUUUUUUCCUGCCCCUGGAACAAGUUGAGUUUAAACUAACGCAGUUGCUAGAAAGUCUAUCUCCCGACCAGUGGUCUGUGCCCGCUGGCCACAGACCUUUGCGUGCCACUGGUUCCGCGCUCAACAUCGCGUCUCUGGUUCUCCAAGGAUGCUACAAAAACGUGGCUGCGAGAAUUAUUCUUUUCGCAUCUGGUCCGGGCACUUUGGCACCUGGUCUUGUCGUUUCCUCUGAAUUGAAGGAUCCUCUGAGAUCCCAUCAUGACAUUGACUCUGACAAUGCCAAGCAUUUUAAGAAAGCCACCAAGUUUUACAGCUUGCUGGCCGAUAGAGUUGCUCAGAAUGGUCAUACAGUGGAUAUCUUUGCAGGUUGUUACGACCAAGUUGGUAUGUCAGAAAUGAAGCAGCUAACAGACUCCACAGGGGGUGUACUACUAUUGACGGAUGCUUUCUCUACCUCGAUUUUCAAACAGUCUUUCUUGAGACUAUUCUCCAGUGACGAAGAGGGCUACUUGACCAUGGCGUUCAACGCGAACAUGUCGGUAAAGACCAGUAGAGAUUUGAAGGUUCAAGGUCUAAUAGGUCACGCCUCUCCUGUUAAGAAAACAGACGCGGUCAAUAUAAGUGACUCCGAAAUAGGUGUGGGCGGAACUUCUACAUGGAAGAUGUCCUCUAUUAGUCCUCAUCAUUCCUACGCGGUAUUUUUCGAAAUUGCCAACACUACAGUUGCUUCUGCUGGUGUGAUGGGCGGCGAUAGACCAAAGUUAGCCUACACGCAGUUUGUGACCAACUACCAACACGCCUCGGGUACCAACCGUGUAAGAGUGACUACCGUGGCCAAUCAACUAUUACCAUUUGGUUCUCCAGCUAUCGCUGCAUCUUUCGACCAAGAAGCAGCUGCAGUGUUGAUGGCAAGAAUCGCAGUACACAAGGCUGAAUCCGACGACGGCGCUGAUGUUAUCAGAUGGAUUGACAGGACCCUUAUCAAAUUAUGCCAGAAAUACGCGGAUUACAAUAAAGAUGAUCCAAGAUCUUUCAGACUGGCUCCCAACUUCUCCUUGUAUCCACAAUUCACUUAUUAUUUGAGAAGAUCUCAGUUCUUGAGUGUAUUCAACAACUCUCCUGAUGAAACCGCAUUCUACAGACACAUUUUCACCAGAGAAGAUACCACAAAUUCCCUAAUUAUGAUCCAACCUACGUUGACCGCAUUUUUUAUGGAGGAAGAACCUCAACCAGUGUUGCUGGAUUCCGUUUCCGUGAAACCAAACACCAUUCUACUUCUCGACACUUUCUUCUACAUUUUGAUUUACCAUGGUGAACAGAUUGCGCAAUGGAGAAAAGCGGGUUAUCAAGACGAUCCUCAGUACGCGGACUUCAAGUCCCUCUUAGAAGAACCUAAACUCGAAGCUGCCGAAUUGUUGGUCGACAGAUUCCCACUGCCAAGAUUUAUCGACACAGAAGCUGGUGGCUCUCAGGCCAGAUUUUUGCUAUCUAAAUUGAACCCAUCAGAUAGCUACCAAGAUCAAUCUGCAGGCGGCUCGACCAUCGUAUUGACAGAUGACGUUUCACUUCAAAAUUUCAUGGUUCACUUGCAGGAGGUAACGGUCAGCGGUCAAACUUGA